CCGAAUCUAAUAUUACUGGCCUGACCAUCGCUCAUCUUCGUCCUAUCUCUGGCACUGAACCAUUAUAUAUAUGGCUAUUAAUUGGGACCUUAAUUGCCUCUGGACAUGAAACACGAAAUGGAAAUGGAGCUGGAAAGUAAUAGCAGCAAGGUUGGCAAUGGGAAAGGGAAGGAGGAGGAGGAGGAGGAGAAGAAAGAAGAUAGCAAGAGGAGGAAGCUUGGAGGCAUCAAAACAAUGCCAUUCAUCCUAUCAAAUGAAAUAUGCGACAAGUUUGCUGCAGCUGGUUUCCAUGCCAACAUGAUAACAUACCUGACCCAGCAGCUGAACUUGCCUCUGGUUAAAGCCUCUAACACACUCACCAACUUUGGUGGGAUGGGUAGCUUUACGCCACUCAUCGGUGCUUUGAUUGCCGAUUCCUAUGCCGGCCGGUAUUGGACCAUCAUCGGUGGUUCCAUUAUUUACGAAUUGGGAAUGAUCAGCCUAACAGUGUCAGCAGUGCUCCCAUCACUGAGGCCACCUCCAUGUCCAUCUCAAGUGAACUGCAAAGAAGCCUCAAAUUCUCAGCUAUGGAUCCUUUAUAUGUCGUUAAUCCUCACUUCCAUAGGCUCUGGUGGCAUUAAGCCUUGUGUUGUAACCUUUGCUGCAGACCAAUUCGACAUGACCAAAUCAGCUGUUGGGUCACGCAGCUGGAACUUCUUCAAUUGGUACUAUUUUUGCAUGGGAAUGGCGACAUUAACAGCUUUGACUGUUGUAGUUUAUAUUCAAGACAACGUGGGUUGGGGCUGGGGUCUCGGAAUCCCAGCUAUCGGCAUGGCUCUAUCCAUUGUAGCCUUUAUAUUUGGUUCUUCACUUUAUAAUAAAUUAAAACCAGAAGGCAGCCCUUUGGUUAGAUUGGCUCAGGUCGUCGUUGCUGCAGCGAAGAAGAGGAAAGAAGUGAUGCCACUAGACCCUGGUAUGUUGUACCAAAAUACAGAGCUUGAUGCUGCUAUUUCUGUCAACGGAAGGCUUUUACACUCCGAUCAAUUCAAGUGGUUCGACAAAGCUGCAAUAGUAACAAAUGAAGAUGAAAAGGAUUCAAAGUCACCAAAUCUAUGGAGGAUUGCCACUGUCCACCGAAUCGAGGAGCUAAAAUGCAUCGUCAGAAUGCUGCCCAUUUGGUCAGCAGGAAUCCUACUUGUAACAGCUUCCUCACAUCUCCAUAGCUUUGUUAUUCAACAAGCUCGGUCUAUGGACCGUCACCUGUCGCACUCCUUUGAAAUCCCACCAGCUAGUUUUUCCGUCUUCAGCAUCCUAACAAUGCUCAUAGGACUUGUCUUAUACGAACGCCUAUUCGUUCCCUUUGCUCGUCGCUUUACGGGAAACCCUUCAGGCAUCACUUGCCUGCAAAGAAUGGGCGUAGGAUUCUUUAUUAACAUAAUUGCAACUAUCGUUUCAGCAUUAGUUGAGGUCAAAAGAAAACAAGUCGCUGCUCUUCACAACCUGUUGGAUGCUCCUCAAGCCAUUAUCCCAAUAAGUGUGUUUUGGUUACUUCCUCAAUAUAUUCUCCAUGGAAUAGCAGAUGUUUUCAUGUCUGUAGGGCACAUGGAAUUCCUCUAUGACCAAUCACCAGAAACCAUGAGAAGCACGGCCGCCGCACUCAAUAGUCUAGAAGUUUCCACGGGGAACUACAUAGGUACACUCGUUGUGUCCCUUGUUCACAAGUAUACUGGCCAGAAAAAUAAUUGGUUGCCUGAUAGGAACCUUAAUAGGGGAAAGUUGGAUUAUUAUUAUUGGCUUGUAACGGGGAUCCAAGUUAUAAAUCUUGUGUAUUAUGUAAUUUGUGCUUGGUUAUACACUUACAAACCCUUAGAGGAGGUCAAGGAAGAAGAAGAUGAUGUUCCAGCAGAAGAUGAAAUUCAACACAAGCGGUUGAAUUAUGCUGAAGGGAAUGGAGAGGUAGAACUUCGUAGGAAUGUGAUAGUAUAGAAUUUAUCUAGGAGAUUAAAACUACCCAUGUGAAUUCUGUACUUAAAUUAUAAUGUUAAAAUAAAUCUUAUUAAAAAAUAAUAUAAAUUAUAUCUUAUUAAUUUUUUAGACAAA